AUGACGAUCAGUAAGAAUAAUAAAAUGAUGGCUCACCUGAACUACAGGAUGAAGGUGAUCCUACAAGAUGCACGAACUUUCGUUGGAUACUUUAAAGCUUUCGACAAGCACAUGAAUAUCUUGCUAGCAGACUGUGAAGAAUUUCGACAGAUCAAACCAAAGCCUGGAAAGAAAGUGAGGUUUUACAUUUACCUCGUACUUGCUUUUGAGACCAAAAACUGCAUUUGCUUGGAUCCACACGGAACCCUCAACAACUGA